UUGAGCUCGAAGAUCUUGGAAGAGCAGGACAGUCCCCGGAGGUCCGUCCACAGCGUGACUCGGAAAAUACUAGAGAAAGGGAGGGUAGGAGGCGCGAGAAGCUCGAGCGCCUGCUCGACGAGGCAGAGAUGAAGUUCUCCCACAGCAUCCAGUUCAAUGCCGUGCCAGAUUGGAGUAGCCACUACAUUGCAUACAGCAAUCUCAAAAAGCUGAUUUACCAGCUAGAGAAGCAGUUCUACCAAAAGGCCGGCCCGGACCCGCAAGAUGCCGAGUCCUCGCCCCUUCUCGGAGCCGCGAUAGAUGACCCUGACAAGAUCUUCAAGAGUGCGCUGGAUAAGGAUCUCGAGAAGAUUGUCUCGUUUUUUGAGGAGAAGGAGGUCGAGGUGUAUGGGGAGCUGGAAGGCUUGCUCCGAGACAUGCAACAGUUUGAAGAGGAGGAUGGCACUUUGGAAGAUGAUCAGGAGAAUGGCCCGCCUGGCUCGCGGGGUGGGAACAGGAAGAGAAUGCGGUCAGGGAGCCUUUUCAAGGGGUUCUCUAUGGGCCGUAGGCGAUCCAGCAACUUCAGCAAUGCUAUCCCCGAGGAGGAUGGUCUCGGCGGCGGCGACAGUGACGACGAUGCCGACGAGAGUUCCGCCCUCCGCCAAAGAAAAUCCAGGGAUGGACGAAGGGGCUCCCGUUCGGACGACGGGAGAGCGACGUCACGAGGCAGCACGAAGAGGCGCAGGAGCGAGGCAAACGACGACUUCAACGACAUGUCGUUCUCGGCGUUGUAUGGCUCCGCCGUCAGCCUCAAGCAACGGACGAUUAGCCUCUAUGUCAGCCUCUGCGAGCUCCGCUCCUUUAUCCAGCUCAACAAGACGGGUUUCAGCAAAGUACUCAAGAAGUACGAUAAGAUCCUGGACCGGAGUCUUAAGAGCGCAUACCUCAAGCAAAAUGUUGAGAAGGCUUAUCCUUUCAAGCAGCCUACCAUGGACAAGUUGAGCGACAACAUUUCCAAGAUAGAAAGAGCCUAUGCCGCCCUCUGCACCAAUGGCGACGUUUCGAUGGCUAAGCGGGAGCUCCGCUUGCACCUGCGCGAGCACGUUGUCUGGGAGCGUAACACUGUUUGGCGCGAAAUGAUCGGCAUAGAGAGGAAGUCCCAGGCUGCGAACUUGGGUAUCCGGCAGACUAUGCUUGGUCCCGACAAAGACAAAGCACGACUGCAGGGCGAUGAGGCGGAAGCUCUGACAAAGGAGAUCGAGACGCCCAUUGGCAAGUACACUUGCCCCAAGUGGCUGUUCAGCUGGACAUUCUACACAUUGAUUGCUAUAUUUGCCAUCUUUGUUGUGAUGCUCUUUGUUCCGAUUAUGGAUGUACCCGAGCAGCAGAAUUGCCUUGCGAUGGUUAUUUUUGUGAGCGCGCUAUGGGCUACGGAGGCUAUUCCUCUGUUCGUGACUUCGCUUUUGGUUCCCUUCCUGGUGGUUACGCUCCGCGUUGUGCGUUCUGAUUCUAAGCCGCACGAGCGUCUGGAAUCUAAAGCCGCAGCGAGCUAUGUGUUCUCAGCAAUGUGGUCCCCUGUCAUCAUGCUUCUCCUAGGCGGCUUCACUAUCGCAGCAGCCCUGUCCAAGUAUAACAUCGCCAAGAUGAUGGCAACGUUCGUGCUCAGCAAGGCAGGCACGCGUCCGCGGACCGUCCUGCUCACCAGCAUGUUCGUCGCCAUGUUCGCCAGCAUGUGGAUUAGCAACGUCGCAGCACCAGUCCUCUGCUUCUCAAUCAUCCAGCCGAUCCUGCGCAACCUGCCCUCGGAGUCCAACAUGAGUAAAGCGCUACUGCUGGGCAUCGCGCUGUCGUCAAACAUUGGCGGUGCGGCGUCGCCGAUCGCCUCGCCGCAGAACCUGAUCGCGCUGCAGAACAUGGCGCCGCAGCCGGGAUGGGGCGUGUGGUUUUUCAUCGCGCUGCCGGUGUGCAUCAUCAGCAUCCUGCUGACGUGGCUGCUGCUGCUGGCGACGUUCCAGCCUGGCAAGGGCACGACCAUCGUGCCCAUCCGGCCCAUGAAGGACCGCUUCACGGGCAUCCAGUGGUUCAUCAGCGCGACGACGGUCCUGACCAUCGUGCUCUGGUGCGUGACGCACCAGCUCGAGCCAAUCUUCGGGGACAUGGGCGUCGUCGCCAUCAUCCCGAUCGUGCUGUUCUUCGGCACGGGGAUCCUGACAAAAGAAGACUUCAACAACUUCCUCUGGACGAUCAUCAUCCUGGCCGCGGGCGGGCUGGCGCUGGGCAAGGCGGUGAACAGCUCGGGCUUGUUGGCGACAAUUGCGCAGGGCAUCACGGCGCGCGUCGAGGACCUGAGCCUCUAUGGUGUGCUGGUCGUGUUUGCGGCGCUGAUUCUCGUCGUCGCGACUUUCAUCAGCCAUACCGUUGCUGCGCUGAUCGUGCUGCCCCUUGUGCAGCAGGUCGGUCAGGGCAUGGCGGAGCCGCAUCCCAAUCUGCUGGUUAUGGGGAGCGUGCUUAUGUGCUCGAUGGCGAUGGGGCUGCCGACGAGUGGGUUCCCGAAUAUGACCGCGAUCAUGAUGGAAGACUCCCAGACCGGACAGCGCUACCUGCAGGUCAAGCACUUUAUCACGCGCGGUAUCCCGGCGUCGAUCAUGGGGUUCGUCGUCAUUAUCACGGUUGGCUACGGCCUUAUGCUCGCUGUGGGCUUUUAAAGCGUUUUUGGGCGCAUGUUGUGGUGGUUGGGUGGUGGGUGGGUGAGUUAAGGGGAAAUGGGAGAGGACGGUGUGUGGAAAAGAGAGCGCGGUCCAGACCUGCUGUAGCGCGUGCCUUGCAUGCAUGCUUGUCUACUUGCUUGCUCGCACUUGACCCGCCCUGCCUCGUUCUG